UGAAAACAAUCUCUGUCUUUCUGUGUAAUUAGCUUUCUACAAGUUUCAAACAAUCUCUGUCUGUAAUUUGGCUUUCUUCCUUUGAAGUUUCAAUAUGGGAGGCACAAAAAGAAAGAUAGAGAUGAAGAGAAUCGAAGAUAAGAACGUGAGAGCAGUUGCUUUCACAAAACGCAAAAGCGGACUCUUCCACAAAGCUUCAGAGCUCUGUCUCCUCUCUCCGGGGACUCAAAUCGCAAUCUUAGCAACUCCUCUUUCUUCCCACUCCCAUGCUUCUUUCUACUCUUUCGGUCAUUCCUCUGUCGAUCACGUUGUCUCCUCUCUCCUUCACAAUCAGCAUCCAUCUCUUCCCACAAACCAAGAUAACAGAUCAGGGUUAGGGUUUUGGUGGGAAGACCAAGCCUUUGACAGAUUGGAGAACGUCGACGAGUUGAAAGAGGCAGUCGAUGCGGUUUCGAGGAUGUUGAACAAUGUGAGGCUACGAUUAGAUGAUGCCGUGAAGAGCAAUCAAAGAGAUGGAAGUUUAGUGAUUCAUCAGGAGGAUGAGGAGGUUCUUCAGCUUGGCUACAAAGACACAAAUCAAAUUACCAAACUCGAAGGUGAAACUUCCGCUUCUGCAAGUUUGUUAAAGAACGUAGUGGAUAAUCUACACAUUGAUGAUCGUUAUUACUGA